UCUUCUUUGUUCUGAUUCCCAUCGCCAUCCUUCAUCAUCGGCUAUCCACACCAGUAAUAUCAACACGCAGCAGGUCCAUUCGCCCAUUAACCCGCAAUCACACAUGAAGGAGAGCAAGGCUAGUAUCACCAUUGCGGCUCCUCCGUAUGAGGUAUGGGAGGUCCUCACGGACUUGCGCCAUUAUGAAGAGUGGAACCCGUUAUUUGUGCAAGCCAAAGGAACCGUUGCUAACGGAGAAGCGCUGAGUAUCAAGAUGCGAUUGCCAAUGACACUCUUUUGCGGAGCACCAUUUUCAAAACUCCUAAAAGCCGAACCCGAAUCUCAUCUUGAAUGGAUCGUCAAGGGCUUUGUAAACAGGACGCACUACUUUCAAUUAACCAGCGACCAAGGAGGCACGGUUACAGAGUUCACUCAAGGGGAGCGUUAUGAAGGCUGGGGCACCGGCUUUUACUCUGGCUUUAGAUCAAUGGGGGGUGCACGCCGGGGAUUUGUUGCGAUGAACAGUGCUCUAAAGAUCGAGGUGAUGCGAAGGCGAGAAGCAGCCGCUAAUCAAAAUCACAAUGACAAGGAUGAUAGGGAUGAAGAGGAUGAGAUUGCACAGCUUGAUAUCAGUGACGGAGCAGCCGUUGUUGCAGCGAUCGCACUCAGUGCCACAACCGCGGUAUCCGCGUCAGCAGCAGUGGAUGCGGAUGUAGAAGCAGAUGUAGCUCUCAAGAAUGACAAGGAAGCGAGUAGAGACAUCAAUGCCACUUAUACCUCAACCGAAGACCCGGCGACGAAGAUGGAACGAGAGGCAAGAAACCCCGAGCGGAUCGAGUUGGAUCUCGGAUCAGGCAGCAUUAGCAUCGACUUCGACCUGUAAAUCGUUUCCCACACUCAUUCCCAACCAGACUCAUUUACGCGCGUGGGAGUAAUAUCCAGGCCUUCCUUCAUAGCCUAAUAGCACUAUAUCCAAAUCGCACGAUGAAAGCAGCAAUAGAAAGGCAAAGAACGCUUUAUAGCA